AUUGCAGACACUGUUUCCCCCCCCGCCCCCCCAUUUUGAGGAACACGCCGGUUGUAGUGAAGCAUAUACGUGAUCCGUGUGCUUUGCAGCCCGGCCGGCCACGAUCUCCCCAGGGAACCUUCAGCUGACACCCACCAACUCCACCCAUGGAUCCUCCUCAGUCUCACAAUUUAAACGCUGAGGGGACGCAGACGCUGACAUCCAUGACCACAAUCAACCCGCAGACUCUUGCACCUGAAUCCAAUGCUUUUGGUUACUAUCAAAAUAUGUGGAAUCACCCAAACAACUAUUUCCCUACACUUCAAGGAGGUCCAUUCUGCUAUCAGAAUGAGGGAGCACAGACCGUGGCAACCAUGGCGAUGACGAGUACACAGCCAACUCAGCCUCUUCCCAUUCCAUACUGCACAGAGAGGCAGGAUAAUCUGCAGAUGCAGUUCACUCAACCGCUGGCAGGUGACAUGGCAGCCACUCAGCUUCAAUACGCCAACUCCAUCCUUCCGCAAGGUGUGGCACAGGGCAGCGUUCCUAGAAACCAGUCCGAGCGCAGCUUGAUGAAGAACAGGGAGGCUGCUCGGGAAUAUCGUAGGAGGAGAAAGGCCUACGUACAAGGCCUGGAGGAGCGCGUGGCCAAGCUUGAAAACCAAAAUAAAGCCCUGAAGGAGGAGCUUAAAACCUGGAAAGAAAUGUGCCAGCAUAAAGUUCCUUGAUUAUGCUGACGGAGGACGGCCUGUGCUGGAUAUACUGUAGAUUUCACUUUAUUCACCUUUUUAUUAAAUGCUGCUGUCGGAGGAUCCCAAAGAAAGAAACUUUUGAGGGAGGAACAACAAGGAGGGGUCGGUAUCUUGCUGAAGAAUACCGGGACACGUCUAUUAAUUUGUAUAACAGAAUAGAAAGAAAUCAAUGUGCUGUGCUGGAUCACAAUUGCAUAAAAAUGUUGUGUAUAUUUGUCAAACUUGAAUUGAGAAAGGGACUCAGGUUUACCCUGUUAGUUAUUGAUUUAUGGGAUGUAAAAACUAUGUAAAAAUUAACAAGUUUUAUUUCAAGGGAUGUAAAAACUUAGACAAUACAACAAUUUAAUGUCAAAUGUGAAAUCUUGGGCAAAUUAUUAAUUCAUGAAACGACAAAAAAAUACAUUCAUUCACCAUUCAUGGUGCGGCAUAUACAGUGGUGUAAAAAGGUGUUUUCAUUUUUGUGCAUGUUUUGUCACACUUAAAUGAUUCAAAAUUAGCACAACUUGACACAAAAUGCAGUUUUUAACUGAAACCUAUCAAGGGAGAAAGAAAAUCCCAACCUAAGUGGGCCUGUAAACUGAGAUCUAGCAAUCUGGAAAAUGUUAUAAAGCCAUUUCUAAAGCUUUAGGACACCAGCAAACCACAGUGAGAGCCAUUGUCCACAAAUGGCAAAAACAUGGAGGUGGCCAGCCAACCAAAAUUACCAUCCAAGAGGUCACAAAAGACCCCACAACAUCCAAAGAACUGCAGGCUUCACUUGCCUCAGUUAAGGUCAGUGCUCAUGACUCCACCAUAAGAGAAACUGGGCAAAAACGGUCUCAAUUUUGCCAGUAAUGCAUUUCAGAAAACAGUAAAAUAUGCUGGUGGUAGUGUGAUGGUCUGGGGCUGUUUUGCUGAUUCAGGACCUGGAAGACUUGUAAUUGAAUUGUACAAGCGGCUUUCAUCUGUUGGUGACCUCAAGCUGAAACCAACUAAGAAGUGGCCAUAUUCCUCCUUAAUGUAAGACUCAUUGCAAGUUACUGCAAGUGUGACAAUCAUGCAAAAAAGAGCACACUUUUUUACACCACUAUUUGCGUAUAUAAAUUUUACACUUACACUAUUUGCGUAUCUAAAUAAGUGGUUUGUGCUAUCUGCAGAGUGCUGCAGUUAUGAAUCAACAGAAGGCAUCAAUUCACUCAACAUUUUCCAGCAGGAAGAUGCUGUGUAACUGCAAGUUUAGUACAGUACACAACUUGUAAUGUUACUAAUAUAUUAUAGGGUUUAGAGCAGGGGCCCCAAACUCAACUGAUGCUGGGCCCCAUCAAGUAUUGUUUUAGGUUUUAAAAACAAGUCUAAUCAUAAUCUAUUAAAAGUUGAAAACAUGGAAUUUUUACCUAGUUAAAUUAUAAAUUGGCUUCAAGGUGACGUUGAUUGGUUUUUGCAAAGGAUUAUAAAACCUUAACAUGAUAAAGAACCUCAGAAAAAAUGCUGCUACCACCAUAGAGUGACUUUUGCACUGGUGUGCUUCUGGUUUCCUUGGUUCAAGCUGAUAAAACUGAGUCUUCCAUUUUUGCACAUAAUUUUUGUACGAGCAUUUACUAAAAGAGAAUGUACUUUCAUUAAAA